AUGUCCCCGGACGUCAUGGAGGAAGCCGAGGUUUGUUGCCCGCCUGGGGGUCUGGCCAGCGUGCGUAGACAGUUUGAGAAUGAGGGCAUGUCAUCAUCUCACACGGUCACCCAGAUUCACCACACACACAGAUCUGUGCAGGAGGUGUCAAAUUCAUCAGUGAUGAGUGUGGCGAGCAGCAGCGGGGGUCGACAAGUCUCACAGCAGGUCUUCCUCCAGGAUGAAAGGGCUGCACGUGAUCAAAUCCCUCAUAACCGGGAGGUUAUUUCCAGUUAUGAGAAUCAUCUAAAUGAAACGGAGGAGGAAGAGUACUAUCCAAGGCUCUCGACUAAAGAACUGGCACAGCAUUUUGAAAAGACUAUUGAGGAAGCAGCCCCCAGCAAGAAAAUUAAGAUUGAAUGUGACAAAAGUCGUUCACAGUUGCCAUCAGAUGUGAGCGCGUCCCAUCAAAGUGUGAAAAGUGAAAUAUCAAGAACUCUGAACAGUGUUGCCACAGACAAAGAGGAAGAAGGUGAACCGAGUUCUGAGUUUGCUUUUGCUUUUGCUUUUGAUGAUGAUGAUGAUGAUGACGACGAUGAUGAUAAUCUGGAAUAUCUGCCACCGCCCCCACCGGACCUACUGGAGGAACCUUCAGACGUUGCUGAAUACUUUCCUGAACCUCCAGUGAAACACACAGUGAACAGACAGCAAUACUACAGACAGAGGGAGCUAUUAGAACUGAAACGUCUCUGCAAACACAUUCACCCUGAUUUCAGAAAAGACCUGGAAAGAGAUUUUUACGAUGACGAGGACAUUGAAGAAGUAGGAGACGUUCAAGAGGCAGCAUACCAGUUUGAACACACCGGCAGCAAUUCAAACGGAAGCCCGGAAUGCGAAUAUUUGGAGUGGGAUGAAAUUCUAAGAGGCGAAGUGCAGUCCAUGCGCUGGAUGUUUGAGAACAAACCCUUGGACUGCAUUAAGGAUGACUCGGAUAUCGAAGAGGAUAGCAAAAAGAUCAUUCAGCAGGAAAUCAUUCCUGGAGGUGAUGUUAAGAACAGGGCUUUGAUGUUUCAGAUGCAGCCCAUGGAUACACUUGGAAUGCAACGUGAUUCAGCUAAACAGAACUAUCUAGUGAAUGAAGUGGGGAAAAGAGAUGUGCGUGCGGCCGCCUGGUUGUUUGAGACAAAGCCGAUGGAUACACUAAAUAAAAUUCAAACUGAUGAUGAGCAAACCAAAGAAGUCAUCUUCACACAAGAAGCCAGCGAAAGGGAUGUUAAGUCUCUGAGGUACAUGUUUGAAAACCAAGAAAUGGAUUCUCUGGGUGACACUGAAACCAUGGAUGAGAAGCAGCUGCUGAGCCUGAAGUCUGUACUGGAGGAGAUCAAGUCAGAAGUGAAGAAAAUCAUAUGGAUGUUUGAGACGCAAUGCUUGUGUGUAAUCAGGGAACACUCCGGUGAGAUGGUUUUGAUUACUUCUGUCCGCCGAGAGGAGACGGAGAAAGGUGAUGUCAAAACAUCAAGAUGGCUCUUCGAAACGCAGCCUUUGAAUGACAUUGACAUGGAUCUUUCUCAGGUCAGGCUAAUCUCCAGUAUUUCCAUGGAAGACAACCAGCUAGGUGAUGCAAAAAGGGGAAGAUGGCUGUUUGAGACAAAGAGGCUUGACUUCAUAAAUGCCCAGUGGGAGAGACCGCAAAAGCAGCAGAAAGAUGAGAUUCUUGGGGCGGAUGUACACAAACAAUGCAUGGUGUUUGAGACGCAGCCUAUGGACACGCUUAAAGAUGACGCCAACUCCAGAUCUCUUGUCACAGAGCAGAUUAUUGGAGGUAACGUUCGCUCUGUGAAACACUUAUUUGAAAACGCUCCACCGGAUGAACUCAAAGAGCUUCCAGAAGUUGGAAAACUAAAUAAAAAAGCAGUGUUUCAAGAAGGAAGAGGUGAUGUGAGACACCAAAAAUGGGUGUUUGAAAAUAAUCCUCUGGAGAACAUUAAAGAUGAGGAUGAUGAGGUAAACCGACUUAAGAAAACCAUAGCAUCUGAUGAAGAAAGAGGCAAUGUAAGAAAUCAAAGAUGGCUGUUUGAGAACCAACGUUUGGAAGAUAUUCAAGAGGAAAAGAGAGAGUUUGUGAAAACAAUUGAUUCAGAACAAAUAGAUAGAAGUUACAAGGGUGAUGUCCGCAGAAAUUGUUGGGUGUUUGAGAUGCAACCGAUGGAUACAUUAAAGGAUGAUUCCAAUGCCAGACCAGUGAGUGCAGAAGAAAUUCUAGGAGGUGACGUUCAGUCUGCCAGACACUUUUUUGAGACUGCUCCAAAAGAUGAGAUCAAAGAGCUUGCAGAGGUGGGGAAGCUCAAAAGAAUGAUGACAUCUGAGGAGAAAGGAGACGUUCGACACCAGAAGUGGCUGUUUGAGAGCCAGCCGCUGGAGCAGAUCAGAGAGGAGAGAAAGGAAAUAACAAGAACGGUGAAUCUGGAGGAAAUAGAAAAUGUGGAUGUGAGCAAUUACAAGCAAAUUUUUGAAACCUAUGAUUUAAGCCAAUAUGACGAAAGUCAGAAGAUUCAAGUUGAGGGUGUCACCACUGGCUCUGUUAGAUCAAAUAAAGAUCUAUUUGAGUCCAUGCCAUUAUAUGCACUGCAAGACAGCUCCGGGCAUUAUCACGAGGUCAAAACCGUACGGCGGGAAGAAAUCGUCAAAGGAGAAGUCAGAAGCUGUCAGUGGAUGUUUGAAACUUGCCCUAUUGACCAAUUCGAUGAGAGCAUCACUAAAUUCCAAAUCAUAAAGGGCAUAACACAACAAGAGAUCGAAUCUGGAGAUGUCAAGACGGCAAAAUGGCUCUUUGAAACCCAGCCUCUCGAUGCCAUUAAGUAUUUUAGCAAUAUUGAAGAUGAGGAGUGUGUUACUAGGGAGACGGCAGAAAUAGUCAAAGGUGAUGUUAAAGCCUGUAAGUGGCUUUUUGAGACCAAACCUAUAGACAUGCUUAAUGAAAGGGAAGAGCUUAAGAGUACAAAAGAUUCUGAUGAAGUUCAAAAAGGCGAUGUGAAAACAUGCACUUGGCUUUUUGAAACUCAAACCCUUGAUGCCAUACAGGAUAACUCAGAGAUGGUGUUGCAAACUCGCACUGUGAAACAAGAGGACAUUCACGGAAAAGAUGUCCGCAUGGCACGUUUCCUGUUUGAGACGGAGAACCUGGAGAACAUUGCUGGAGGAGAGCGAGAAGCUUUUAAGAGUGUUACUGAGAUAGACAUACAAUCUGGGGACGUGUCUCGGAUGAAAUGCAUAUUCGAGACCCAAUCUUCUGACGUUAUGAGCUCAACCUCUGAGGCUUUCAUGAGACAGCUGAGGAGUGCUCAAGCUGAGGAUAUUCAGAAAGGAAAUGUUGGAAACUGCAGAUGGCUAUUUGAAAACCAACCCAUAGAUAAAAUCUCAGAGACCCCCGGUGAGCUAAAAGGAGCUUGCAUGGUACAAGAUGUUCAGGGAGGCAAUGUGGAUAAAGGCAGAUUCAUUUUUGAGACCUACACGUUAGAUGAGAUUCAAGAUGUGUCCUCUGAGGCCGAAAUGAGAAAGCUGCAGAAAGUCAUCAGAGAGGAUGAGGAAAAAGGAAAUGUGAAAACAUACGCCAUGAUGUUUGAGACUCAGCCUCUCUAUGCCAUCCAAGACAAAGAAGGCCAUUAUCAUGAAGUGACCACACUUACAAAAGAAGAAAUACAAAGAGGUGAUGUAGUGGGAGCCCGCUGGCAGUUUGAAACAAAGCCUUUGGACUCAAUUAGAGAGACGGAUGAGGUAUAUCUUUUAAAAGCCGUUACAGAGGAAGAUAUUCAAAAAGGUGAUGUCAGCACAGCAAGAUGGAGGUUUGAAACCCAGCCCCUUGAUAUGAUUGCAGAAGAUGCCAAAAUAUCAAUCAAAAUGGUCGAGGACAUUCAGGGAGGGGAUGUAAAGACAAACAAGCAGCAUUUUGAAUCUGAUGCUUUGUCUCAAAAGUUGGUGCGUACUGUCAGCAUGAGUGAGAUUCAUAAAGGGGAUGUUAGGACAGCAAAAUGGAUGUUUGAAACGCACACAAUUGAUCAGAUACAUGCUGAAAAGUCAGAAAAUGAGAUGAAAACUGUUGUUAUGGAGGAACAGCUAAAGGGGGAUGUCAAACAGUCUGUGUGGCUAUUUGAGAAGAAUCCUCUUGAUCAUAUCAACGAAAAUUAUGAAAGUAAAAAAGUAAUUUGUGAAGAAAUUCCCAAAGCAGAUGUUAAAACCACAACGUGGCUUUUUGAAACUACGCCGUUCAUUGGAUUUAAAGAGAGCAGCUUGGAGAAGAAUGAAAUCAUUGGUAAAAGUGUUAAAGCCACCCUCAACGAGCUGUUCACCAAAAGAAUGGUAGACAACAAAGGUAUCAUCAUCGAGGCAGAUGAAAUUGGAGACGUCCACAUGGCUAAGUACAACCUCAUGAAUAAAGAAGCUCCCCAGAUCCAAAGAGAAGAAAUCAUUAAAGGAGAUCUGCAAAACAUCAUGAUGAACCUCCUCAACAAACAGGACAAAACCGAGAGGGGAAUCCUGAUAAAUGCAGAGGAGAGGGGAGACAUCAGUGGCACAGUGCAACAGCUGCUCCAAGAGCACAGCAGCACCUCUGUGGAGAAAAAGGAGAUAAUAAGAGGUGACAUUCAGGAAGCCAUAAACAACUUGCUGAAAGAGGAGAGCACUGGCAAACGGGGCAUUCUCAUUCAAGAAGAUGAAAAAGGAGAUGUUCGAAUGACGAUCUACUCUUUAUUCAAUUCUCAUGAGGAAUCAAGCAGUCUGAAAGAAAAUAUAGUUGGAGGUAAUGUGAAAGGGUGCCUAGAGAGACUUUGCAAUCCAGACACAGAGGAGAUUGUGAGAAUUAAAGUGGAUGAAGCAGAGAGGGGAAAGGUGAGCUUUUAUUCUACAUGCAUUGAGUCGGGUGCACUGGAUUACCUCAAAAAGUUGCAGGUAGAGCCAGAUGAGGCUGACCUGGGUGAAAUUGAAAAAGAGGAAAUCAUUGGUGGUGAUAUUAAGGGAAUGAAACUCAGUCUGACACGUAAUCAAGCUCAAAUCGGUCGUCUGGUGGACAGGGAAGAUAUAGUCCCAGGCGAUGUUCAUAACACAGUUAAGGUUUUCAUGGCCGUGCCUCCAGUCUCAUUUGAACAUUUACAGAGAGAAGAGAUUGUGAGAGGAGUCCUGCAAGCAGCGAUGAAUUCACUAACACAGUUUGUAAACCAGACGGUUGUUUUGGAGAAAGAAGAACUCAUUCGAGCUGAUUUACCUACAACCCUGAGGUCUCUAGAGGAGGCCCAAAAUCAGCCAAGAGAGGUGGAAAAGCCCAAAAUCAUUCCAGGUAACAUCAAAGGAGCGCUGAAAUCACUAAAAGACUCUGCUUCAACCAAGGUGGAAAUUGUCAUAGAAGAUUUAGUGCCAGGUGACAUCAAAGGAACUUUGAAAUCACUGGAGGAGGCCAAACAUGCAGUGAGAGAGGUGGAGAAGGAGGUGAUUGUAAAGGGUGACAUUCACACGGCAAUACUGAGUCUACAAGAAGCGUCAAAUGAGGGAAAGGUUUACCAGCAGGAGACUGGUGUCCAGGGAGAUGUGAAAGGCAAGAUUCAGCUCUUACUUGAGCCUCCUCCAUCUCCCAGAAUGCAACGCAGGGCGAGUACAGAGGGUGACGUGAAGCUUUCCAUAAAAUCACUCUAUGACACCCAAGAGCAAGUGCAAUCAGGGAAAGAAGAAGUGAUAAAAGGAGACGUUAAGGGCACAAUAAAAUCCUUAAUGGAAACAGCACAGAGAGCUAGCCCAACGAUUCCCCAAAGGCAGCCGAUAAGAAAGGUCAAAGUUCCUGCCAAGACCCCAUCUCCAUCAGUGAAAGACAUCCCGGCACAUAAGCCCAUCCCUGCUGUUAAAAACCUGGAUAUGAGCACUGAAUCAAAGAGAAGCGCUCACAAGCAAUCAAUGCAAAACAGAUACGCAUCUCAAGAGACCACUACAAUCACCAGUCACACCACAGCAUGCAGCCAGGAGACAAAGACCACAGUGCUGGAGCACAAAAAAAUUGUUCAAACACAUGGCGUCAAAACAUUGAAAACUGACUUCCGUAACCUCAAAAAAAGGGGCUGUAAGGAUUUGAUCAUACUGGAUAAAAGAAAACAGCAGGAAAUCUGUAUGCCACCUCCACCACCUGACCCUGAGCCCCCUCUGCCUCCACCUCCAACAAUGCCUCCGGAUUAUGAUAGCAUCUCCUUCCCCACUCCUCUGAGCAUUAGGGGUGAUCAUGAUCUUCCACCUCCCCCUCCUCCGCCAUGUGAUCCAUCCAGGACAGAACUCGACCUUUUACCUCCUCCACCAACCCCACCACCUCCUCCUCUUGCUACACCCACACAGCAGACCACCUCCACUUCAACUAAAAAGAAAAGGAAGGGAUCCGUGACGACCAGUAUACAACAGGUGACGAGGACGGUUCUUAAAAACACAACCAAAGAAGAAAUAAAGGCCUCUGUUAAAACAGACGAACCUCAAAGUGUCUCUAAAACUGAAUCCGAGAAUGUUAAAAAAGAUGUGAGCAGCAUAUCUUUAUCUGAAAACAAAACAAAAGAGGAAAGCUCUUCAAAGAAAAAUCGAGAAAAAAACUCCCCUGAUCGAUCCAAACCAAACAAAGAGAGUCAAAUUAAGGAUGCUGAGCAGAAGCCACAAAAGGUCAACAGUCAAAAGGCAAAGAAAGUUAGUAAGAGCGCUAAACUGGAGAGCAAGGAGAAAGCCACAGUGGAGCAGGAGAAUGUUCAGGUGAAAGAAAGCAGAGAAAAUAGCCCCACAGAAACAGAGAGUGAAGUAGAGAAAGAGGCCAAAGAGAAACCUGUAGAGGGGCCCCCUGCCACUUCGAAAAAGAAAAGGAGGAGCAAGUAUAAGAAAGACAGAGAAGCCGCUCAAAGCAACAACGGCACAUCCAUCUCGCCCACGGAGGCCACGCCUGCUGAGCCUAAGUGGCCAGUCCUGACAUCUGAUAAAAAACAAGAAGAAAUCAUGGUUGUGCAAACACAGCACACCAUUCAUAUGGGACACACUGAGGUGUACAAGGAGGUCAUCAAAACUGAAUGUACAGUCCAACAGCAGAGUUUCCAGGAGGAGGGCGCGACUGUAAAACUCCAAAAGCAGGCCAGUGGAAGCCAGCAGAUUCCUGAGGAAUCAAAAGAUGAAAGCGGAAAUGUUCUAAUAAAAAUGACAAGCAAAUCUGCACAAAAGGAACCUGCUGAGUCCUCAGCAGAGAGCUCCGGCAUAUCUCUAAGACAAGCCGAAGUGCAGAAGAUGCUCUCUCGUAUCUCAGAGUUACAGGGGGUUGCAGGAAAAAUACACCCUAAGUCUGUGAAGACGCUGCUCAAUGAAAUGCCUUCCUGGCUUCUGGGGCCAGAAGAGAAGAGUGAUUUGGAAGGGGCAGCUGUCGAACACAACGAACAGAAGCUGAAAGAAAUUCUCGCUUAUGCUAAAAACCUCAUUCAAGCAAAGCUAAUGCAUUUUAUUGGCACAAUUGAAAAGCAUGAAUGUGAGGCCACCUCUGAAAAACUAGUCUCUAGUGGAGCCAUACAAAGAAUUUCAAAGAUUUCCAUUGGUUCUACAAAGUGUGAAACACAGAAGGUGGUCAAAGAGGAGACGAAGACAACGUGCAAGAGCCGAAAGCAACAAAUGAGCAGCGUUACAACUCUUGGCCCCAGAGCUCCAUCUCCAUUGUUACGGAUGCGCUCUCCCUCACCUACAUUCAUCACCAUCGAGUCCACAAGGAGAACCGACUCGCCACAGAGAGCAGCACCCGUGCCUUCCCCAACACCACCGACACCUCCUCCACGCAGAUCUGAGACGCCAAGCUCUUACUUAAGCAGGGCCUCCCCUUCACCCUCCUCAAGCCGUGCAGAUAGUCUGACGCGACUCAGAAAUGUCACAGCUACGCUCUCCCGCGGUGCCUCGCCUGAUCCGGUGCCCCACGUCGUGCCGGUCACAGGAAGGAAGUCCGAAAUUGUGGAAUCUCCCGCCACGUUCCAAUGGCAGAUCAAAAUUGAUUCUAAACCUGCUGAAGAGCAGAAGGUUGAAGAGGAGACUCUUGGGUCUUCUGAAACGCAAGUGGUGACCGUUGAAGUGAAUAACGCUAACGUAAGUGGAGAUGCCAUUAAUAUUCCAGAGCGUUUAGGCCCCAACACGGAGGAUGCAGGGCCUGAAAGUGAAGUGAAAGAGAAGGAAAAUCUUGCAAAGGUUGACCUGUCUGGACUAGCCAAGACAAUUGAGACGUCAGAAGAGAAAGUUGGUAUUAGAAAAGACCCAAUUGACAAUACAGAGAAGCCUGGCAGGGAAACUGACGACCUGGAGCUUGAUACGGAGAAGAAAGCAAGACAACAAGAGGAUAUUGCUGCUUUCAACAUGAAGAAUAUUAAAAAUGUUUUUGAAAUGAGUGAGCAAAGUUCCCCCAUCAAAGAGCUACAAAACAAACAGGAGGAACAGGAGUCAAGAGUGAGUGAAAUUGCUUCUGAAGGUUCAAAGCCUGAGCUUCCUCCUGAGAGGAAACAAUGCUCCCAGCUGAGCUCCCCUCUGCUUGUGCGCAAAGAUGUGAAAGUAGACAAGUCUGUCGAUCCAACAGACUUUUCAGAGACAGAAACAGUCACUGAACAUUAUUCUUCUGUUGAUGAGUUCGGCACUAAAAUUAUCGGAUCAAAAAGCACCACAAUGGUUUCCACGCACACUCAAAGUUUUGCGACGCAACGGGUGCCGUUUUCCUAUGCUGACGCUGUGAAGAAAAAGACGUCAGAGGUAAAGGCGUCACCUGAGGGCUCUGCAGAAGAACUGAUGAAGAACUUCCAUAAAACGUGGACAGAAAGUGAGAGUGUGUUCAAAAGCUUAGGUGUCACAGAUUCGAGUACCAAAGUCGGAGAUGUGUGCGGUGUGCAAGAAGAGGGUUUACCCCAUGGAAGGCCUGAUAGCCGACAAAAAGAAGUUCCAUAAAUCCUGUUUUUUCUGUGAGCACUGCAAUAACAAAUUGAGCCUUGGAAACUUUGUCUCUCUCCAUGGACAUUUAUACUGCCAUCCACAUUAUAAACAACUCUUCAAGUCUAAAGGGAAUUUCGAGGAUGGAUUUGAACAAGGGUUGCAAAGGGAAUUACUGGGCGUUCGGGAUGCAGGGAAUACAGACCAUGACGCAUCGGACUGGAGAUAUUCACUUUCACAAAGUAGCAUGUGCUCGCUGUCAGAUGUGUUUGAAAAAGAAGCAAAUAAACCCGAUCAGAGCCCUAACAAAAUGUCUGUAGCGUGGCCUCCGCAAACAGCCUCUCCAAAAAAGACAUUCUCUUUGGAUCAGGAUGUGAAAUUGGUGAAACCCGUUUGGCCCCCAAAGAGCGAAACUUCAAAGUCUCCUAAGUACCAGCGUCGGAAAGCAACUCAGCGGAGCACACUUUAGGAGGAGUGCAACACGGCCUCGGGGCCGGCAGUGAAAGAGGAACGGGGAGAGUGAGGGAGACGUCUCAUCGAUCAGCGACACACAAAGCAUGUCACAACAGCAUGAAGUGUUGUGGGAGCUUUAGAAACACGAGGACACAUCAUGAUGAUGAAGAGCUUCGAAUGCAGGGUGAAAAUCUCGCCGUCAGACGGGUGAGGAAUGGUGGAGAGAGAGACGGUGGAGGUGAAAAGGUAACAAGAAGUUGAUAAGGAUUUGGGGAAAUGAUAAAUAUGUUGCGUAUACAUAAAGUAGGCGCAGGUUCAGACGGUUUGUGUGUUAUGUUGAAAGAACUGAAAGAAAGUGAAAUUAU